AUGAAAGAAACAAAAAUCUGAAAGUUGUCAGUAUUCAAUACAACAGUAGAAACUAGGCGGGAUAUUUGAAAUUAAAAUCAAAUUUGGAUUCUUUUCCGUUCUCACUCAACUCAACUCAGUCUCAUAUCUCACCGGUGGCGCGUUCUUUCCCUUUUGGAUCAGAAUUUGAACUUGAGCAUUUGAAAUUAGGAAGUAUUGGACAAGUCACAGGCGAGAGAGUUGAAAAUCAAGAAGAGGAGAGGAAGAUCUAAGAGACGAGGAGGCGGAGGAGCAGAUGCAAGCUUCAGGAGCCGAGGCGAACAGAGCUUUCACGGUGAUUUCAGAGGCGACAGAGUGGGGAAGUAGCAGCACAGCAAGGAUAGGAUGUUCAUCGCACCCCCUUCAAGCAACUUCCUUUCUGUUGCUGCGCUUUGAAUAUCCGGUGUGCACAACUGAUGGGAGUAUAUGAUAAAUUGGGUUUGAAAAUUUACUGGAACAUAAUCCCGUAGCAUAAUCCCGUGCAAAUUGGGUGCAAACUGCGAGUUACUUGUUUGUUGAGGGUCCUUAAAAAGGAGAACUCAAAGUUAUUAACUGCCUCUGCAGUGUUUCUUCCAGUUCACCCAAUGAUGGUUUCAGUUAUUCAGACUAGGAUGAUGGAGCUUAUAGGGCAGCCAGAAGCACCAGACAGGGCAACGUCUCAAUGGCAUUUUUGGAAGGGCGUAGUGGCAGAAUGGUGUGCCGCACUUGAAGAGGAGAAGAUUGGGAGAUCUCGAUGUCGGCAAUGGUGGAAUGAUGCGACAAAAGAGGGGAGCACACAGACAAGCUUUUGGUGGUUUGAAGUCACUCCCUCAAAGCAUCAGAAUGAGUUUCCAUCAGUGCCUCCUGUAAACUCAGCUUACCCUAUGCAGUUGAAAAUAAAUCAUAUCAAAGCUCCCCAAAGUACCCUAGCAGACAGAGUUGGUCCAAUGGAGGAUAGCCAGGAAAUUGAGGAGCAGGUGCAGGAAGAGGUUAUUUCAGACAAUGGAACUGAAAAGAAGCAGGAAACUCGUGAUGAGAUGCUUUCGCGGCACAGGAAAGAGAUAUCACAACUGCAGAAAAAAGAAAUUGAAAUGAAAAAGGCAGCAGCUAGACACCGGAGCUAAUAGUGAAAGCCAAAUUCACUCCACCUGCUCCGUAUAAACUCUGGCCAUUCACGCUCUGUGAAUGCUCCCGAAUGCCGUAUAUUCAACAUCGUUUUUGUCAACCCCCAUAUGGAAACCCUAACCCACCGAGCUAAGCAGAUUCUUCGUCGGAGAGCACAAUCACGGCGAUGGCGCUGGUUAGUUUCAGCUGGUGAGAUGUAGGCGAUGCUGAGAGACUGAGAUCUCUGUUACGAGCUUCACGCGUUCACGAACGUCAACAGGCUUGGUGAGACAUGCUGGAUCAAGAUCU